AUGACGAUUAGGCGGCACAACAGGUGCCUUCUCCUGCUGCUGGGUUUGGRUCAGGGCUGCGGCUGGGUUCUGGUCCAGAACCAGGAGGUCUGUGGUGUGGAACCAGUUCUGAUGAUCCAUUAUUCUCCGCAGUCAUGUGAAAUCUGCCAGGAGCCGUUUGAGACGUACUGGGUGGAGGAAGAGGAGGACUGGUUCCUGAAGAACGCUGUCAGAGUGGACGACAAGAACUUCCACCCGGCCUGCUUCGAGGACUAUAAGAAGACGUCGUCCUACCUGGACGCAACGCCGUCCCCCAGUCGGCUGCUGGCCGAACACCCGCUGGGUGCAUUCGUCAAGACCGAGGAAGAGGAGAGCGAGACUUCCUGUCAGGUCACUUCCUGUCAGAUCAAACAGGAAGUAGAGGCUGACGUCACUGUUUCUGGUCAGGAGGAACCAGACUCUGAGGCGCCGGCGGACUCUGCCCGGUCCGAGGACACGGCUUGAUGCGGCGCCGCUCCUCUUUGUCCUGCCGGGUCGAAGAUUUUUACCUCUUGAAUACAUUUUGGUAUUUGGAUAGUUGCGGCCGUUUCUGGGCCGCGGUUCUGUUCGCUGCGGUUCUGUUUGCCGCGGUUCUGAUCAAUUCUGUACGCCACAGCUGUAAAUGAUUUAAUUUAUACAUUAAAGUAUUUUUUGGUAACUCUGGUCUGCAGCUGCUGUCUGUUGCCUAGUUACAUAGUUUCUGAUUGUUGAUUGGCUGCUCUGGUGAUGAGUCAUCACAGGUGUUGAAGGUAAGCAUCAUCUGAUUGGACGACGUCUCGUUUGAGGAUCUUUUUAUUUUUGAUUUUUCUUCAAUAAAUGAGUCUGAAACGUUUUUCUGUGUGAAUUCUGGUUCUGAUCUGACUCGGUACUGCUGUCAUUUAGGUUCAGUCAUUAAAAUAAAGCUUCAGUGGACUCAAA